ACGUUGGCAUGGCAUUGUAGAUGCAAAGAAUUACGACAUUUGAGAUUUCGUUUGUGAUGUUGUUUACAGAUAUGGAUUACGUGUCUUUACAUCGUUAUUUCAGGCCCAGACUGUGAUGCCUCUCAGCAGCCAUCAUGUCCAGUGUUCAGUACAUGGAGUUUGACAGCAGGUACUUGCCUGCUGCAUGCAUCAGUUUUCUCUUCUUUCUGUUCUUGUUCAAGUUUGCCAGUCCAAAGUUGUCCAAGAAAAUCUUUGCCAAGUACAACGACCUACCUGAAGCCAGUAGAAUUGACUGGGACACCAGAGUCAAUUCCAGUGUUCAUGCAGUGAUAGUCAGUUCUAUGUGUGUGUAUGCAUAUCUGUAUGAUGAUGAGUUACAGACCAAUCCCAUAUGGCACAACAGUCCCACUGUAAGAACGGAGUGUGCUGUAGUCAUGGGAUACAUGUUGGCCGAUGCAGUGAUAAUGACAAUCUAUUACAAGCAGAUUGGUGAAGUUUUCUUCUAUUUCCAUCAUGCAGCUUCAAUAUAUGCUUACUAUUAUGUUGUGGUCUAUGGAGUAAUGACCGGUUUUGCCAAUUAUCGACUGCUAGCUGAAAUAUCCACCCCUUUUGUAAACAACAGAUACUUUUUUGAUGUACUUGGAAUCAAGAAGACCGAUCCUUUGGGAUUUACCAAUGGAAUCCUAAUGACGCUGUCCUUUUUCGCUGUUCGGAUUCUCGUAAUGCCAAUUUACUGGAUGAAAGUUUACCAAGUGUAUGGAACAGAGGCCUUUUUGAGAACGGGGCAUGUCCAAAUGGUCCUAUUGGUGACCUGUGUUGUUCUUGAUAUCAUCAACUUGUUUUGGUUUUAUAAAAUGCUAAAAGGUGUCCAUAAAGUGUUAAGGGAGUGGAAGAGUACCUACAGCAAGUGGCAGCCGACCAAGGACGGGGGCAAGGCCCCCAGGGACAGCAGCACCAGGAAUACAACCUGGUACUGCAACUCGCCUUACAACUGCAAUGGUUCACAAAGAAUGGUCCAGGACAAAACUUAUUACCUGGGUCUUAUCAGAGGGAAACUAAAUGAUUUAAAUGCUGAAAAUGCUAGACUAAAGAAAGAGAUAGAAAAUUCCUCCGAAGAGAAUUCAUCAUUUCUUACGUAUGAGAAAAGAGCUGAAUCACUGGCUAGUGAAAUAAGAGAUUUACAAGGGGAACUAGGAGAUUACAACACACUUGUAGACAAACUAACUACAGAUGAAGAUAUUCAAGAUGUGGAAUUUGACUUGAAUGAUCUCAGAGCCAAUAAUGAAAGAGAGGCAAAGAAAAUUGAGGAUUUGUUUGAAGUAAAGAAAGAGAAAGAAGAUAGAAUUCGACAGUUAGAAACAGAAUUGGACCAAGAAAAGCGCAUGGCAGAUAACUUGGUUAAUGAUAUGGACCCGGACAUGAGGCAGAAAUACUUUGCUCUGAAGGACAUGAAUGAACAUAUGUUAAGACAGCUGGAAAAAUCACAACAAGAGUUAGAUGUACUCAACUCAAAAAUAGGAAACCUUCAAGAGGAACUGUCAAUGUCUCAAGUUAAACAAGAAGCAGUGAGGCUGUAUGACCAGAUUAACGACCUCGAGAUCCAGAGAGAUAAUUACCUGGAGGAGACCAGGAACAAACAGUCCCCUGCUGAAGAGAGGGAGAGGCUGCUGAAACAAGUCAAGGAAGAUAACCAGGAAAUUGCCAGCUUGGAAAGACAGACUAAUGAACUAAAGGAGAAGAUAGAAAAUAUUGAAGAAGAGAUAAGACAACUUGACCUUGAUAUUGAAGAAAAUCAAGGGGAGAGAAAUCAGAAGUACAAGGAGUUAAAGAAAAGAGAAGAAACUAUUGAUGAAUUUCUUAAUAACUUUGAGGAGUCAAAAGGGCAAGAAAUGGAAAAACUCAAACAAACAGAACAGAAUAUUGUAUCCCUACUUGAGCAUACAAGCCGAAACAUGAGUCGAUUCACUGCUCUACCCACUCCCCAGGAGUUGGGUACCAUGAAAGAAGAUCUGGAGUUUAAGACUGGUGAAAUGAAGAAGUCCGAACAAACAACUGUAGGACUAGCAGCAGAGAGUGACAAACUGCAGUCAGAUCUACAGAAAGUGGAACAGCUGGAAGAGAAGAUUAACACAGAAUUGGCGAUGCUCAAGGAGAAGACAGCCACAAUGGAAAAAGAGCUAGAAAUCUAUUCUGACCUCAGCUCAUUGAAAGAGGAGGCUGAGAAAAAGCGGAGGAAAUUGAUGGAUGACAGAGUGAGCUUGCAGAGAAGGAGAGACACAUUCAAGAAGACCAUGCAACAACUGACUAGUAAAUAUGAGGGCAUGAAGGCACAGCUGAAUGAGAAUGAAACAUUUGUACAGCUUGGCAAUUUGGAGAAGAAAUGGCAACACCAUGAACAGAAUAACUUUGUGAUGAAAGAAUUUAUCAACACCAAAACCAUGGAGUGUGACUACAGGGCCAUAUCCAAGAGAGUUUCAUCCGUUAUUUCCGACUUCAACACUAUACUGCAGAAACAGAUGGCAGGAAAAACCAGCAUGUAGAGAAACAUUUAAUAUAGACAUAAAGUAGAUCUGUCAUUGUAGCUGUGAUUAUUUGUAUUUAUUGAAUAAAUCCGUCCAUUUAUUA